CCUGUUUAAAUCAGUCUCUAUAUAACCACAAAGUACUGAGCUUAAAGUAUCAAACUCUACAAGUCGUUGUAUCAACAAAGUUUCAUUCCAAACAUGAAGACCCUACUGAUUACCAUUGCCCUUGUUGCCUUCACCGCUUCGGAACCACCGCCGUCUAAGAGCUAUUUGCCUCCACCAUCCGGUCGGUCUACGGGUUAUCCUCAGGGCCCAGCAGGAGGACCUGCUUUUGAUGCGGGAAUACCUGAAGUGGUUGCCGCAAGAAGCCUUAGUCAUCAGGACAAUGAUAAUGGAUUCGGCAGGAAUAGUUUCCAAGACCGUGGGGUAGACGCUAGACUCGUUAACGGUCUAAGAGACCAACAACAUGGGAGGUUCGGUGCUAAUGGCGUCCGAGACGAAAGUGAUACUGUGAGCCUUGAAGCGGAAAGCGGCUUCAAAUCUCGCGUAUCCUACCAGGACUCUGAAGAACAUAGUGGAUAUGAUGCAAACAAUGGCCGUUCGAAUGGCUACCGCAGCCGUAGCAACCUUGCUGCACGAUCAAAUGGCUACUGA